CUGUAGCUUGCUACAUUUCUGUAAUUUCGGUAAAGUAAAAUGAGAUUACUUAAAUAUUGAAUAAAUGGAAUGUUCAGGAUAAAAUAAUGAAGGGAUAAAACUAGUAAUAUGGGAGACACUUCGCAGGUUGCGUGUAACUUAAACGAUAAAAUAAAAAACGAAAUAAACACAGAAAAUACAAAUGAUAUCAACAAAAAUUUGUUAUCUCUUAACAAUGUUACAAACAAACGGGACAAUACAUCAUUUUAUACUGAAGUUAUUAGUAUAGAUGAUUCUGAAGAUGAGGAUACGGAACCUAAAUGUAAUCAAGAUGAUAUUUCAAAUGAAAUAGCGGCAUCAAGCGGAUUUCUUAAUGAGAAUAAUAAUCCUUCGAAAUCAGAGAAUGAAAAAAAAUACUACAUCAUUUACCAACAUAAGUUAUACAUAUUAAGUAAAGAAACUAUACUAAAAGGUAUUGAAGAACAAGCUAAGUUAGUAAAAAAUAAAUCAGAUUCAAUAUUGAAUAAAAUUAUCCGAACGCAACAUCCCCAAUGUUACACACAUAAAAGAACUGUAUACGAAAACUUAAUAUAUAAUGCUAUAGAGUACUGGAAACGUUGGUGUGAGAGCACAAAAUUAAAAACUACCCCCAUUUUAUAUAAAUGUUACAUUUGUAGUGAAGGAUGGUCAAGAUUAUAUCAUUUCGAACAACAUAUAACAAUACAUGAAGAGAAAAAUCUGACGAUUUUACUUGAAGUUAUUGGUCAAGAAACAAAUAUAAUUGUCUCUUACGGUAAUCCAAAGAAAAGUGAACUAGUUAUUGUUAACACUGAUUGUUGGAAAUGUAAUAAAGUAUUUCAAAAUCGUGAAUUUAUGAAAUAUUGUGUGAAAAGUCAUACUUGCGAGUUGUGUCUGGAUCAAUUGACGUCUGUUGGAUCACAAAGUGAUUGUAAAAGCUACAACGAUAGUGGGGUUUUAUGUAAUAUAUGUUCUAUGAAAUGUAGAAACGGAUAUAUGUAUAGUCAUAUGGUGUUAUAUCAUUCACCGAAGUCUGACGAGCCGGCCAUAACACAUCCUAAGAUAUGCAAUAUAUGUGAAGAGAAAUAUUUUUUUCUUCCUUACCAUGAUUGUCAGAAAAAAUAUAAAUUUUAUAGAUGUCAAUUCUGUUGCAAUAGAUUUCUAACGAAGAGAUUACAACAAUUACAUAUCUUAAUGAAUAAAGGUGUCAGUGAAUGUCCAGAUUGCUCGAAGAAAUUCACUAAAUGUUAUUUAAACGAACAUUUAUUAGUCCAUUCAUCUAAUUAUGAUGUGUUGCAAUAUUGUAUUUUAUGUAAAAAUAACGUAUUAUAUAAUAAUAAUGAAUUAUUUACAAGUCAUAUGGUAAAACAUGGCAAGUCUAGUCAAAGACGACGGUAUGCUGCCAAGAUGUUGUUACCCGUCAAAUGCAUAAAGGGCGUGAUAUGCGACAGUAUAGUUCGUUUACAAGUACCUGCAAAAAUUCUACAUAAACACAUAGUUGAUUUGGAAUAUAUGAAUUACACACCUCUUGAGUUAUUCGAAAUAAUUAAAAGUAAAAAAACUAAGGAAAUAACAGAAGCUUGUAAUAAAAGUAAUACAAACAAAACUACGUCUGUUAAUAAAUGUAGGAAUCUAGAACAAAGUGUUAUUACUAAAAAAUUAAAUAAAAAACAAAUAAUAACUCGAACAGUAAACAAUUUACAAGAUGACAUCGAUUUUGAUGUCGAAUCUAAUAAUGCAUUCCAAGUACAAUUAGACGCUGAAAUACAAAGAGAUGUUGAAAUAGAGAAGCAAAUAUCGAAAGUUUUUGAAGCAUCUGAUUGUUACAAGAAGUUUCUAGAUAAAGAAGCAAAUGAUCCAAUCGACGAUACUUACGAUGUUUUGGAUAAUACUGUUUCAAAUAAUGAUGAAUAUUUGAAUACAGAUACGAGUACUGAAGAAAAUUCUGAUACCGAUAUUCAAAAUGAAAAUCAAUCAGAUAUGGAAUAUAAUGAAAUAUUUAAAUGUAAUAUUAAAACGAAUGUAGAUAAAAUGGAAGAUUGUAAUUCAAAUAAAGAAAAAUCUAAACAAGAAGUAAAUGAAAGUAUAAAGAAAGUUGAAAAAGAAAAUAUUAAUAAAAAAGAUACAGAUUUAAUUAAUUUAAACAUUACAGAAGAUAAUUUGAUAUCCAAAGAUAGUGGAAGUGAAAUAGAAAAAUCUGAUAUAACUAAAGAUUUUAACGAUAAAGUGACAUCAGAUUAUUUGAAUGCAGUUGACAAUUUAGAUACAGAUAUUAAAACUGAUCCUAGUAUCAAUAUAAAAAUAGAUACAUUUAAUACAGAUAUCGAUGGAAUCUCAGACAAUAUAGUACCUAAAUAUAGUGACAAUUAUAUAAAAAUUAAUACAGAAAACAUAUCUGAACCUAAAUAUUCUUGCAGUGAUUGUAAAUAUACAGGAAAUUAUAAACAAUACGUAGAUCAUUCAAUAUCUUGUAUAAACAAGUAUAUUAAUUGCAUAUAUUGUAUGAAAAGUUUCCAAAACAUAAAAUCGUUUUUAAACCAUUUUCCAGAACAUAAACUGACAUAUUUAUCCUGUCCCCAAUGUUUUGAGAAAUUCAAUGAUAUAAUUAAUUUAAAAAAUCAUAUUUUAACACAUAUAUAUGAGUUAUUCCAUUUACCGAAUUCAGGAUAUGAAGGUUAUAAAUGUUCUUUAUGCGAAGAAUCAGUUGAUAUUGAUAAAUUUUUCAUACAUUGGGAAUCACAUUUACAAUUGAACGAAGGUAAUAUGGAUAUAGACAAUGAGAUUGAAGUAAAAAAAAUAAUGACUCCUGAGAUGGUAAAACAAGCUCUCGUUAUUCUAACAAAGAUAAGAAAUCACAAUCUAUUAUGUAUUGUGUGCAGUAAAAUGUUUACAAACAGUAUAAAACUCAAAAGACAUUUGAUUAACCAUUUACUAUACGAAGUUAAAAUAGAUAUGCUUAACGGGGCUAAGUUAACUUGCCCUAAGUGUCGUAUAGACAUCAAAGAUAUCGAUAAUUGGAUAAUACAUAUGGAACAACAUUCUCAUUUACACAGUAUAUAUUUUUGCAAAUCUUGUCGUAAAAGUUACAAGGAUCCAAUUCUUUUUGAUCAACACAAGGAAAUGCAUAAAAAAAAAUACGUCUGUGACAUCUGUGGUAAGAAGUUUUUUGUGGAAUCCUUGAUUAUACAACAUCUUGAGAACCAUGAGCCUGUCAAAAUUAUUACUUGUCAGAUAUGUGACGAGGUAUUCCGUUUCCAAAGUCAAUAUAAAAGUCACGAUUGUAUGCCAUUACUGAGGUUCUCUUGUACUCUUUGUGAGAGAAAAUUCCGCACUUGUAAGGAUAAAUUGAAUCAUUUAUGGAAUAAACAUAAAUUUAGCCGCCACUCAGCUGAUUGUACACUUUGUGAUAAGAAAUAUAGACGAUUGCGGGAUCUGAGAUGUCAUUUGAAGAUGAAACAUGGAAUAAAGAGAAGUGACGAGUUUGAUAGAUUGAGGGAAUAAUCUACAACGAAAGGGAAAAAGAAGAAGAGACAGAAGAGAAAGUGAAUAAGCAUUUACUAUAAAAUAGAACCUCGAUAACUUAAAAAUAAUAUGUUCCCUUCCUAUCAGAGACUAAAACCUCUACAAC